AGAUAUUUAGUAUGGAAAAGAAGUACACAGACCAGAUAUUCCAAGAGAACUUGCAGCUCAAGAAGGUCCUUAAUGUGACCAUCAUCCCUGCUGAUGAAGACCUACUAAUCAAGCUUUACUCUGGAGAACCCAUGUAUAUGAGCGACCUCAAUUCUUUGUUGGAUAAAUAACCAAAAAUCUCUGAUGGAGAAUCAGUCAGUUUUUGACACCCUUAUAUCUAACCUAUUGGGUGAAGAGAACUGCCAAGGAUUAGUACUACUUUUGAGAGCUCUAGGCAGUAUUAAUGAAGAGAAGAACAAAACCAUUAACAAUAAAGAUUCUAUGCAGAAGUUCUUCAUGUUUUUCCAAGAAAUUGUUAUAAAUUAUUUUGUCCUCGUACUGAUGAAUCCUGAUUUAUUCCCUUCCAUGAUGCCUCAGAGUCCUGAUGACGAGGAUGGCCUGGACCUUUCUGCCUGGAGAUUCUCCCAAAUGCUGGAGAACGGGUUCCCGAAUGAUUACAUUACGGAGAUAAACAAUAAAAUACUUGAAGACAACCCUGAUGAGUUUGAAGAGUUUUGGGAAAAGACAUUGGUCUUGCUGUUAAAGAAAGCAAACAAAUCAAGUCCUUUAUCAACGGCCAAAUCAUUAGCAGAUACCUUUAGCAAUCUAGCAAGCCAUGAACAAAUUUUAAAGCUGAUCUUAGACAUGAAGCAUUAUCCUUGGAUUCCUGGGCCAAGUGGAAUCAACUUAAAGGGAGGAUUUGGAUCAUGAACAGGUGAUAAUCUAGAAUCUGUUUCUCCACUCGGAAUUUUAUUUGGACCAUCGUAUUUCCCAAAAAGCACUAACCUUAGAGGAGACAAGAAAUGGGAUGAAAUGAUUACGAAGAUUAUGGAUGACCUUCACUCAGCUAAGAGUUCAGCAGUAUUUGAUAAAACAGCAAAGAAGUAUCAAGAGAUUAACCAUAAAUUAGCAUCUUCAUUAUGAGGAAAUAUUAAGCAGCUCCUAAAAUCCAAAGUGAAAGGAGCUAAAGAAGACACUCUCAGAUGGCUUGCAGCAGCCAUUACGUCCAAUACUGACCGUACAAAGCUGGGACACUCUCUAGUAUCUGGAUCUAUGAGGCAGAUUAGAAAUAUUUCAAGUGAUGCAAUGUCGUACAAUCUUGUCCUGGUUCUUUUCGAACUAUGCAGACCUUUCCUCAAAGAAGGAGACAAAUAAACUUGAUAAAAUAGACAAAACUUACCUUGCUAGUGACCUCCGUAUUGGAUUGAAUGGGGAGACUCCCAUUUGUGCCAAGGAGGUCGAGGAAAGCAAGGAUGAAGUGAUGGAAGAAUCAGCAUUCGAUGAUGAUGAUGAAGAAAAGAUAUCCACUUCCAAUAAAGGCAACCUCAUCUUCCCUAAAGAAUAUGGGACGAUCAGUGAGUUCUACUUCAUGUUAGGAGUAGGCAUCCAUUAUUUGUUCUACCCCAUCCUGAAAAGAGGGGAGGAUAUUGACAAAAUCUUCAGGAAGCUUCUCAAAGAAAAAGAAAGGAUGAACGAGUCUCAUCCUGAGUACCAUCAGAUGAAGCUGGAAUUUGAGAACAUGAAGAAGUUUAGGAUGCUUUAUGAACUAACAAUCUUUGACAGAGACCUAAUCAAGAGCAUUAACAACUUCUUUAAAGUCCAAUUUGGCCUGAUCAAGAAGUGGGGGAUGGCUAACCUUAAGGAAGGAAAGUUUAUAGAAGAUCCUCCAGCCCAAAUUUUAAGACAUUUGCCUGAGUAUUUCCUGACAGAUAUGGUCGAUUUUUGGCAGUAUUUGUUUAGGAAUAGGAACGAUUCUUUGACAUAUUUCCUUCCAGAAGACGCAAUUGCUAUCUUUGAGAUGGCAAUUUUAGUUAUCAACUCUCCUGUAGCAAUCACUAAUCCUUAUAUUGGUGCUAAGUUUAUUGAGGUGCUCUCAAUGAUUGUAUUCUUUGAGAAAGAUGUCAAUUGGCUAGCCCAAUUUUCAGAAUCAUCCUUUAUUGUAGAGCAUUUAAUGAGAGCAUUGAUAAGAUUCUAUGUUGAUAUAGAAUUCUCAGGAAACUCAGGAAGCAUGUACUACGAAAAGUUCCAUUACAGGUUAGACUGUAGUUCGGUCUUUAAGAGAUUCUGGAAGAAUAAAAUCUUCAAAGACAAAUUUUUAGCUGAAAUUGGCACUGAGAAAAUGGAAAAAUUCCUGAAUUCUUUGCUUAACGAUACUAAUCAUUGCCUUGAGGAAGGAAUAUCAAAGCUUACUGAGAUAAAGAAGUUUGAAAUGAGAGUUGCCAGUGGAGAUCUUCCUAACAAGGAAGAUACAGAAGCUCAUUCAAAGAAUGAAAAUAUUUGAAAAGCAAAUAUUCAACUCUCUAAUGAGUGUAUUCUCAUGGUAAAGAAUAUUUCCUCAUGGGCUAAGGAAUCAUUUGAUAACGAAGUCUUUGCUUCUAGGAUGUCUUCUUCUCUAAACUUCAUCCUUAACAAGAUUACUGGGCCAAAUUGCAUGGAACUUAAAGUGAAGAAACCAAAGAAAUACUCUUUUAGUCCGAUUGAGCUUCUCGCCGAUCUUGUGACUAUUUAUACCAACUUGGGAUCAAUUGAAAUGUUCCUGAAAUCAGUUGCAUUUGACCCUCUUUUUGAAAUAAAGAACUUUAAUAAAGCCUACAGGGUUUUAAAGAAGCAGAGAAAGGUAGAAGAGUAUUCAAAACUAGGUAUGCUCAUCCAAGAAGUAACAAAAAUUGCAGAUACAGAAGAGAUAGAUGAAUUAGAGCAAUGGAUGGAUGAAGCUCCUGAAGAUUUCCUCUGCCCUAUCGCUUAUUGAUUUAUGACAGAUCCUGUGAAACUUCCUACUAGUGGAAACACAGUUGAUAGAACAACUAUUAAAAGAAUCCUUCUGAAUGAUGAGCAUGAUCCAUUUAAUAGAGCUCCAUUGUCAUUCGAUCAGGUUGAAGAUGAUGUCGAAAUGAAGAAGAGAAUACAGAGGUGGAUCGAACAGAAAAGGAAUGGAGAGGUCACAGAUGAAGAAAAAAGACAGCAGGAAGAGGAGAAACAGCAGGAAGAGGAGAAACAGCAGGAAGAGGAGAAACAGGAGGAGGAACAAGAUAUGGAAGUUCAGAAAGAAGAAUCACAUAUGAGUGUUGACCCCCCAGCUCCAAUUGCUCCUCAACCUCCAGUCUCAGCUCAGACUCAUGAUUCAUUGAUGGAUAGAGAUCCAGAGAGUCUUACAGAAGAAGAGCAGAUUCAGUUAGCAAUGCAGAUGUCAAUGAAUCAGUUCCAAUAGUUUAUUCUAAUCCUUCAUUCAGCAUCAAAUAACUCUGCUGGGGUUUUG